AUGGCCUUCAAAGCCUCCCUGACUCUUAACGCUAUGCCAGCCGAGAUCCUUGAUCUCAUCUUCGCCUCUCUCUCGCCCAUAGCUCUCUGGCACCUUCGCCGUACAUCAAAGCGGUUCAACGCCAUCCUUCAUCCGCACCUCCUCUCCACCCUUCGCGCCAUGGCCGACCCUCCCCCGUUGACCCUAAUCAGAGAGACUGCCCCCGUCCCUCUAUCCUUUAUCUACAGUUUCGUCCUCGCCGUUCUAGGUGACAACGAAGGCCGCAAGCUCCGGGGCAGGAAUUUCCCAUCCCGAGACACAUCGCUAGAGAACCCCUAUUCCUCCUGGCUACCUGACACACCACCACCUGCUUCAUCGCCAUCGUUGGCGGACCAAGAGCCCUCGCCGUCAACCAUCCGCCGCCAAAACGAAAUCAACGCCUACUCAGAUAUCUUCAUUCCUCACCUCCGCAGCUCCUCCCCGUCCCUCGCGAAUCUAAGAAGGAUACACUUCUGGAGUAUCCUCCUCUGGUACAAAGAAUGGUCCUUCAUGUCCUCGAGCCCCUCUCCCGCCAAGGUUGACAAAGCCCGCAAGGAUCGCUUCCACUGGGCCUACAAGCAGCACCGGAGCAAUUGCAAAGAGCAGGCCCGGAGGCACACCGGCCACCGUGGACGAGUUCACAAGGGCGUAUAUCUUGCGCCGCCACUUCGAUCAACCGGCUCCGCCGCAUUUGGACAGAGACAGAGCCUUUUUAUACCUGAGGUUGAGGAGGCCGCUAGACUCUGGUGUAUCUCUGCGGGGACGGGACCUCUGGAUCUACGGUUUCACCCUGCGGGAUAG